CUCUGGCGUCGCUUCCACGACGGCUUUUGUGCGCGCCAGCUGGGUUUGUGGUGGAAGGGAGGGUAGAAGUUGCCGUUAGGGAGGCAUUGACCUUUGCUUGCCCCUUUCUUUUUCUCCCCCGCCAUGACUUCAGAACGGGGAGCGGGCAAUGAGGGCAUCAAGUUAUCAGCAGAGGUUAAACCAUUUGUCCCCAAAUUUGCAGCAGUAACAGUGGCAUGGUCAGAACCCUCAGAAGCAUCUGUCUUUCCUGGAUAUUAUACAACAUGCUACCCAUAUGUUCAGGAGCCAUCAGUAAAUAAACAACAGGUAUAUAUUGAAGAAGUACCGUGGGAUACCUCCACCUGUCUUUCUCAGCAUGGAUCUCAAAAUCUUACAGGAUGUACUUCUCUUGCGGAGUACAGCAGUCCUCCUUAUUCACUUACUGCCGCACCAAGAACACAUGCAGUUUCCAGCUUCCAGAGUCAGAACAUUUUUACUAAACAGGGUAGAGAGUUCACCAAACAGACUUCUUUGAUUAGAAAAGAAUGUGCUACUUUAUCCAGGAGACAACUGAAAAAUAACGAAACUAGAUUGGAGGAUCAAAGGCCUAAUGGAAGUGAUUUUACCGGCAGAUCAACAGAAAAUUCACUUUAUAUUGCUCAGCAUAACAGGAAUCCUAUUAAAUCUGACACACUGACUUACAUGAUUGAAAAAAAAGAGGCCAGAAUACACAAUAGGCCUAUUAAAGUUAUGAAUGGGAAGUUCAACCAAAUUCCAAACGCUGAGCAUCUACCAGAACCUGCCUUUGAAAUGACCUUGUCAGAUUUCCCAAAACUCCAAGACCUAGAAAGUAACAAUCUCCUGGAUCUUCAAAAGCAUGCAUGGGGGCCAGUGGGCUCAGCAGAAGGAGAUAAGCUGCCUCUGACACCUCCAGGAAAACUUGCAAUUUCAAACAUAACCAAAGAGGUUGAAGUAUGUCGAAAAAAGCAUUUCCAAACAAGACCCUUAAGUUCUUCAUCAGAUCCUGGAGUUCCUCAGGCACAUUCAGGCCUUUUCACUGAGUCACCCGUAUCUUGGGCCACUGUGCUUUCACAAACUCCCAAAAAAGUUCUUUCAGUUCCAACUUCAAUUCUGGCAAGCAAUCAUUCUGGAAGUAAAAAAACAGAUAAUGUUCCUGAGGAUUACAAGCAACCAGAAAGAAGAGAAAAUGCAAGUAACCUUGAAGAAACAGCAAAUAAAAAGAAGAAGAAAAAGAAGAAAAAGAAACCCAAAUCAUGCAGUGAAGUUGAGAAACUUCCUAUCCAGAGGAUUUUAGUUCAAGACCCUCCAAGAAUCGAGGAUAUUGAAGAAUUCCCAGAUUUAGCAGCUGCUUUUGACAGAAAACAUAAACAGGCAACUGAAAGUAUUCCUUGUUUAACACCUAUUAUUGAGAAGACUAAAGUAAUCACAAAGCUCUCUACAUUUGAGUCUCAUGACUGUUCUCCAAAGGAAUUAAUAAUACCUAUGCCAGAUGUAUUAUCAACAAGAAAAACAAGCAAACAGGAUUCACCAGCUCCAAUACAAAAAAAGAAAAUGCUGGAUACUCUGCCCUCUAAGAAAAAUAGAAAAAAGAGUCAGAUUCCUGUGCAGCUUGAUUUGGGGGAUAUGCUGGCAGUUUUGGAAGAAAAACAGCAUGCAGAAAAAUUAAAGCAAUCAUUUAAACCUGUGGUACUUUCAGUUGGUGGUGGAGUAACAUUGCCCUUAAAGGAAUCUCCCAGAGUGACAAAAACUUUGCAGUCAGUUCAGAAAAAUACUCCACACAACCCCUUGGACUCUAGUUCUCCAUUGGUCAAAAAGGGGAAGCAGAAAGAAGUCCCGAAGCCAAAGAAGCCAACAUCACUAAAAAAGAUUAUUUUGAAGGAGAGAGAACAGCGAAAACAGCAACACAUUUUAGAACAGAUGGCUAUACCGAAGAAAGCUGACGUUGUUGAGCAGAAUGCAGAAUCUGUUCCUGAUGACGAACAAUUUUGUAAAGCCCCCAGAGAAGAAGUUAUAAAAGAAGUUGCAGAGGAGCCAGUACUUCUGACGCAAAGUAGUUCAGAAGUGGACUUGAAAUGUACAGAAUCCAGUGGCUCCGUGCAAAACUCCACUGCUUCAUUGCAGUUGAAACCCAGCUUUCCCAAAAUCCACAGCCGAAGAUUUAGAGACUACUGUACCCAAGUGCUUAGUAAAGAGGUUGAUAGCUGCGUUACAGAUCUCCUAAAAGAGUUGGUUCAUUUCCAAGACCGCCUGUAUCAGAAAGACCCUGUGAAGGCCAAGACGAAACGCAGACUCGUUAUGGGACUCAGAGAAGUAUUGAAACACCUGAAGCUGAAGAAGUUGAAAUGUGUCAUCAUUUCUCCAAAUUGUGAAAAAAUUCAGUCAAAAGGUGGGUUGGAUGAGACUCUGCAUCUCAUAAUUGAUACUGCAUGUGAACAGAAUAUUCCAUUUGUUUUUGCUCUCAAUCGCAAAGCUCUAGGGCACUGCGUGAAUAAAUUAGUGCCUGUUAGUGUGGUGGGAAUAUUCAGCUACGAUGGUGCUCAGGACCACUUUCACAAAAUGGUGGAAUUGACAAUGGAAGCAAGGCUGGCGUACAAGGAGAUGAUUUCAGCUUUAGAGAAGGAGUCAAGUGAAGAAGUAAAACAAGGUGACUGUGCACUCCAAACCCAUCAGAAAGAGAAUUAUGCACUUGAUAAUGGUACAGUGCCCCUUCAAGAAUCUGAAGAGGACGUCCCAAAUUACAUUAAGAUCUGGAAGCAAAAGCUUGAAGAGGAGUAUAAUCCCUAUAUCCUGGAGCUGGAAAAACUGUCAACCACUGACAUGUUGCCCUUGGGUGUUGAGGAGCCUCAGUAAAUCAAGACUACCUUCUUUGGCAUUAUUGACUUUUACUUUAUGUGUGUGUCUGAGUGUAUAUAGACGUGUAAAUAGUGAAUUACCUAAAUUUAAUUAUCUGUAAUAUAGGAUAGAAAACCCACAGUUGAAUUUCUGAGAUAAUUUAAUGCCAAAGAAUUCAGAGCUGUUCAAUAACUUCCCUCCGAGGGCGGAUUCAGUGAAAGCGCUUGGCUCAUCCAAAUGGAAUACGGAUUGAGACAGGAAUUGAAUUGGGUUUGUCUGUCUUUUCAUAUAGCAAUACUGUAGAGAAAGACCUUUAGUCUCUGCUCCGUAUAAGCACAGAGUCUCCAAUCACUGUUCUCAUGAUUUCCUAUAAUUAUGUCACUGGAUUGAUACAAAUGAACUGAAUGAAAUGAAUUACGCUUGUAAGUGGUUUCUUUUUCUCUUUAUGAUAGAAUACCCAACUGUGCAUAAAUAAUAAUAU